GGCUGUGCACCGAGUUCGGGUACACCCCGUAAAUACAAAUGUAUACACAUAGUACGGUCGUGUACCAUCGGAUUCAGUCUCAGUCGUGUACGCGUUGCCGUCCGGACGCGCGUUCGAGUGUAUGUGUGCCAGAUGACUUGCCAUCUGCAGCAUUGCGCUUGAAGACGUUGAUCAGAGGACCGAAAAUGUCGUUGCUUAGCGCGACACAGUCAACAGUCCUGGUGCCAUUGCUCCUGCUGCUAGUCUUAUCAGUUACUGCCAAAGAGUACUACCGUUCACAAUGUGACAAGAGUUCUUGUUACCCAGCUACUGGAAAUUUAUUGAUUGGCCGUGAAAGUAAUUUAGUAGCAUCAUCUACUUGUGGUAUAAAACAAAGGGAAAAGUAUUGUAUUGUAAAUAAUUUAGAAGAACGUAAAAAGUGUUUUUGGUGCGAUUCAAGACAACCGGCUCAACCAAAUACCAAGUUUCCAUUAAGUCAUAGAGUUGAAAACAUAAUUCAGCGAUCUGAGAACAGUACAUCUACCAACCAAUGGUGGCAAUCGGAAAAUGGCGUUGAAAAUGUUACCAUACAGUUAAACUUGGAAGCUGAAUUUCAUUUUACUCAUUUAAUUAUUAAGUUUAAAACAUUCCGACCAGCUACUAUGUUAGUGGAAAGAUCAUAUGAUUUUGGUAAUACGUGGCAGGUUUAUAGGUAUUUUGCUUAUGAUUGCGAUUCAGUUUAUCCUAAUUUACCAAAAGAACCUCCUCGUAAUCUGACUGAAAUAGUGUGUGAUCAAAGAUACUCAUCAGUGCUGCCAUCUGCAAACGGAGAGGUGAUUCUUAAAGUUUUGCCUCCAAAUUUAGCACACACUUAUAAUGAUCCUUAUUCAACAGAAGUCCAAAAUCUACUCAAAAUGACCAACUUGAGGAUAAAUUUUACAAAAUUGCAUACGCUAGGUGAUGACUUGUUGGAUAGCCGAAAUGAAAUAUUGGAAAAAUAUUACUAUGCCAUCACCGAAAUGGUAGUCAGAGGAUCGUGUUCAUGUUAUGGCCAUGCAUCUCGCUGCUUACCUAUACCGGGUACUCCUAACGUACCAGACAUGGUACAUGGCCAAUGUGAAUGUACACACAAUACUAAAGGUCUGAACUGCGAAGCUUGCGAGGAUUUUUUCAACGAUUUUCCAUGGAAACCUGCUAUUGGACGACAGACAAAUGCUUGCAAGCGAUGUAAUUGUAAUAAUCAUGCUACAAGUUGUCACCAUGAUCCAGCUGUAUUUGAAAUGACUGGACGUACUAGUGGUGGAGUAUGUGACGGAUGUACAGACAAUACAAUGGGUCGCAACUGCGAACACUGCAAACCAUAUUUCUAUCAAGAUCCAACGAAACCAUUUACUGACCGCGAUGUUUGCCUGCCGUGUGACUGUGAUCCUAGUGGUUCAUUGGACGAUGCCAUAUGUGAUUCUAAAACUGAUCUUGUUAACGGACUAGAAGCUGGACGUUGUCACUGUAGGACAAAUGUUGAAGGUAGACGUUGUGAUGUUUGUAAAAAUGGAUUUUGGAAUUUCACUGAACAGAACGUUGACGGAUGUCAAGCUUGUACAUGUAACACUCAGGGAACCGUCGACAAUUUGGGCUGUGAUAAAAUAUCAGGAGAAUGUACUUGUAAACGAUUUGUGAUUGGUCGAGAUUGCAACCAAUGUAUGCCUGGUCAUUGGGGAUUAUCCGAGGGUCAAGAUGGUUGUAAGCCUUGCGAGUGUGAUGUAGGUGGUUCAUAUGAUAAUAUGUGUGACGUUAUUACUGGACAGUGCAAGUGUCGGCCACAUUUGACCGGACGCACGUGUAGUACACCGGAACAAAAUUUCUUUGUUGGGCCCGUCGAUAUAUUGAUCAGUGAAGCUGAAUUAGCUAAUUGUACAAAUAAUUGUCAAGUACAUAUUCGAGAGCCUUUUAGAGAUGGGAGAGAUAACACGUGGACUGGAACGGGUUUCAUGAAAGUUUACGAUGACGCUGAAUUGACUUUUGACGUUAAAAAUGUACCUCUAACUACCAACUAUGAAAUAGUUCUUAGAUAUGAACCUCAAGUACUUUACGAUUAUGAUAAUGUGAAAGUAACAUUGGAAAGAUUAGACCCUAAUGAACCAAAUGGAACAUGUGCUAAUUACGAAUUAAAUUAUAAUACUGGAGAUGUCAGAGAAGUGGUUUUAUCAGCUGCUUCUCAAGUUGCAAUAGCAUCACCGCCUGUAUGUCUGGAAGCUAAUAAUGAUUACAAAGUACAUGUAACUUUCGAAAGAUAUUAUAAUAAAUCGCAAAACCCAUCCGCUUCUAUUCUAGUGGAUUCUGUAGUGUUAAUACCUUAUGUAGAGGCAAUUCCAUUCUUUGAAGGGUCACCUGCAAAUGAACAGAGGUUAGCAGAGUACAAACACUACAGGUGUAAAGAAGCAUUUUAUACUGUUCUCAGGGGACGCAUUCACGAUGUUUGUCAAAAAUACCAUUACAGUGUUGGAUUUUAUUAUUUAGAUGGAGCUUUCUCUUGUCAAUGUGAUCCAACUGGAUCAGUUAGUACUAUUUGUGAUCCUCUUGGUGGUAAAUGUUCAUGCAGACCAAAUGUUGUUGGUAGAAAGUGUGAUCGUUGUGCCCCAGGGACUUAUGGAUUUGGACCCGAAGGAUGCAAAGCUUGCGACUGUAAUAGUGUUGGUGCUCUGGAUAACUUGUGUGAUGUAGUGACUGGUCAGUGUAAAUGUCGAGCACAGACUUAUGGUAGGGAAUGUGAUCAGUGUGAACCAGGUUCAUGGAACUAUCCUAAUUGUCAACGCUGUGUAUGCCAUGGACACUCCGAUGUAUGUGACUCUCAUACAGGAGUUUGUUUAAAUUGUCAAGGGUUCACUGAAGGAUAUAGUUGUGAUAGGUGCAUUGAAGGAUAUUAUGGUGACCCUCGGUUAGGUAUUGACAUACCCUGUAGAGCAUGUCCUUGUCCUGGUACAGUUGAAUCUGGUCAUUCAUUUGCACAUCGCUGUGCUCUUGAUCCAAGAACGCAAGACGUUUACUGCGAAUGUCAAACAGGAUACAAAGGAUCAAGAUGUAACUUAUGUGAUGAAAAUUAUUAUGGAAAUCCUGAGGUGCCAGGCGAGUAUUGUAAACCUUGUACCUGUAAUAAUAAUGUAGAUAUUAGUAGACCUGGAAAUUGUGACCCGCAUACUGGAAAAUGUUUAAAAUGUUUAUUCAAUACUGAAGGAGAAAACUGUGAGGUGUGUAAAACUGGUUAUUAUGGUGAUGCAAUUAAUCAAACAUGUAGAGAAUGUGUAUGUGACUUUUUGGGAUCACAAUCUUCUGUAUGUAACCAUAUGACAGGACAAUGUCCAUGUUUAAAUAACGUAAUAGGACUUUCUUGUGAUCAAUGUAAACCAAAUCAUUGGAAAAUUGCUAGUGGAACCGGUUGUGAACCUUGCAACUGCGAUUCAAUAGGAUCUUUGUCAAAACAAUGUAAUCAAUUUGACGGUCAAUGUCAAUGUAAACCGGGAUUUGGUGGAACACAAUGCAAUCAAUGUCAAGCUAACUACUGGGGUGAUCCUAAUAAAGAAUGCUUCCCUUGCGACUGUAACCCAGAAGGGUCAGCGACACAACAAUGUAACCAAACUACAGGCCAUUGCAAAUGUAUGUUGGGAAUUGGUGGACCAAAAUGUGAUGUGUGCGAUAGAGGUUACUUAGGAACAGCUCCCAGUUGUAGUCCUUGUGGCGAAUGUUUUGAAAAUUGGGAUCAAACACAGAAAAAGUUAAUUGAACAAACUGACAACGUUAUAAAGUCAGCAUCUGAUAUUAAGGCUACUGGAGCAUCUGGAGCAUACACAGUUGAGUUUGAAAAUAUGGAAAAAAAGAUAGCGGAUGUAAAAAAUAUUCUACAUACUACUACCAAGAGCUCCAUAGAUUUACAAUCAAUUAAUGAAGUCAUUGAUCAAUUGAGAGCGAAUCUUACUGUGAUGGAUCAAUUGAACAUAGUGACCAAAAAUCUGGACAAUACUACCCAGAAGUUUAUAUUAGCCAAUUUGACUUUAGAAAAUCUAAAAUCUAAAACAAUAAAUUUAAAAGAUCUUGCCUUAAACUUAAAACAAAAUUCAACAAAGCUGCAGGAGCGUAACGUCGAAGGAGCGCUUAAUAUAACUAAAGAUGCUUUUGAGAGAGCACGAAUGUUGAAAAUCAAGGAAAAUGUCCAAGAUGGUCUUUUAGCUGACGCCGAACGUCAGUGCAAAAGAACAGAGGCUUUCUUUGGUCGAAAUGUUAACACUUUCAAUCAAGGAAUUAAAGAUAAUGAAAAAACAUUAGAAAAACUAAACGAUGAUAUGAAUAAUUUAAAUCAAGCUAUUCCAAAAUUAAAUCAACAAAUAUGCGACAAAGGCAGUGAAACUUGUGACCAGCUUUGUGGUGGUGCUGGAUGUGGUUUUUGUGGUGGGUUAUCAUGUGAAGGUGGAGCUACUACUAAAGCUGAAAGAGCUUUUAGUUUCGCUAAAGAAGCUGAAAAACAUAUUCGAGACAAAGAAGCUAAAGCUGAAGAACUGUACAGAGGAAUUUCACAAGCCAAUCAAGAAAUAAACAACGUCUUGGGCAACACCAAACUUACAGGAGAAUUGUCCAACGCAACUAAAAUUCAUUCGGAAAAUAUUCUUAAAGAAUGUUAUUCAGUUAUUGAAAGAAACGAGCAGUUUUUGAAUCCUAUGGAUGGAGUAAAAGCCACAGAUGUAGCUGUUAAAAUUGACGAGAUUUUACGAUUAAACAUACAAUUAAAACCAGAACAGCUACAACAAUUGUCUGAAGAUAUUAAUAAAACAUUGUCAACGCCUAAGAACAUUGACAAAAUUAUAGCAGACACGGCAGAAGAUUUACUUUUGGCGAAGAAUUUAUACGAGCAGGCAGAAAAAAAACAAAUGGCCGCUAAAAACAUACUUCAAGUGGCAGAACGCGUAGAAGAAGCCCUCGCAGAAACUCAACAAAUUCAAAAAAAAGUUGAAGAUAGUAUAGUAGUUACCAACCAAAAUAUCUUGGAUGCUACAAAUAGCUUAACAAAAAUCAAAUCUGACUCGGUUGGUGCUCAAGAAAAUGUUCAAAAAUCGAUGAACGACAUAGUUACAAUAGAAAAGAAACUGAAAAAUCUGCAAACCGGUUUCCUUAAAAACGACCGUGACGCCGAUGAAGUCAAGUCAGAAGCUAAAAGUCUAAUACAAGAAGUAGACGAAACAGAAAAGAAAGCGACUCAAUUGUUGUCUGCUUACAAGAAUGCUAAUAACACAUUAGAAAACCGUUUAAAGAGUUCUAAAAAUAACAAAAACAACUCUCAAUAUUUAUUGGAACGUGCUAGUCAAUUAUCUGCCAAUACAACUUUAAAAUUAAAAGAACUUGGAGAUGCUGAAAAAAUGUUCGAAGAACAAGAAAAAUUGAUAUUAAUGCUCAGUAGUGCUGCCGAUGAACUUAACGCUAAGAUGUCAGAACACCUAGAAAAAAUAAAUAGCCAAUCUGAACAUUAUAGAACGUGUAAUAAUUAAAUUAGCGAUGAAUUUCAACAUUAUUAAAAAACAUACCAUUAGUAAAAAGUCUGUUUUUCAAUUACGAGUCAAACUGUUAAGUAUCAUAUAUUUAUUUUAUUAGAUUUCCUUUGUACUUUUUACUAUAUUAUUUAUUAACUUUUAAUGAAAUUACUACUACUUUCUGUCU